AUGCAAAAACAAUUCGUUCGCGCCCUGCCACGAUGUCGACCUCAUAGCCAUGGUUUUCUGCGGCAAGCCUCAACGGCCACCGCUGCUGAGCACAAAUCUAGCCUCCCUCCUCCGCCCCGCGCUUCAGCGACCCGGAACACGCGCGAAGACGAGUCGGAGCGAUGUUCUGCUAUUGUUAUCACCAAGACUAAGAUAGCCUCCAUGGUCGAUGCAUAUGCUAUUAUACGUGCUAUUGAGCAGAAGUAUGGCACUUUGCGAGAAUAUCAGUUCCCUCGAGAAGUGGGAUCUCCCAAUGUCUAUACAAAUCAAUUCUACGUGGUGUUCAAGUCGCCUGAGUCGCACUUAAAGCUCCCCAAGAACGCGACGGAGAGUAUCACCAUUCCUGCUCCUACGGCAGACACUUUCGAGUCCAAACCGGGGGGUCCUUCGCUCGCCGACUUCCACAGCUUGCUUGACCCGAAGGACGUGAACACAAGCAACGAAAUCCCUGCCUUUGAGAGCAUAAUCGACACCGCUAUCAGCGAAGGCGGCAAGCAAGACGUCAAGCCUCCUCGCGCGAUAUCCUUCAGCAUAUUCCAAGCCCGAAAGGAGUUCCACGCGACGACGCCGUGGGAGCCGUACGGCCUGAGGCGCCAGCUGCGCUUUGCCAUCGGGCGGUCCAUGCUUAAUUGGGGCGGAUUCUACCCGCUCAAGCCUGUUCUGAAGGGCUCUUCGCUGGAAUAUGGGGUGUCGGACGCUGACCAGCUGCGAAUGCGGAGACUGUUGCGAAAAUGGAGCGAUAUCACUCAGGCUCCGAAUCCCUUCGAGGUGUCGAGUGUAGCCGAAGCUAGCCCGACGCCGGAGGUCUCGACAGAGACGCCGCCGCCGCCAUCGCCGCCACCUGAAUCACAGAAACCUACAGAGUGGGAGCCACUCCCGAUGGAAGAUGCUGUGGCCGAUGAAGUGCCUGUCCCAGCUCCACAGUCGCCGCCAGCGUCUGCUUCACCUCAGGCUUCGAAACGGCCAACGCGUCUCGGAGGCAAGCUUCUGCCGUCGACCAGCCAGGCGUCGGCUAUAGAUGCUGAUCUGUUCAUCAAAGCAUCGGAGUCUCUGCCCAAAGAUCCCGCCCCGCCAAUGCAGGCAAAGAGAGUCAGGGAGAAGAAGGCAAAGACACAACUACAUUCGCCGAAGGUUGAAGACGACGGAUUCUCGCAGAGAUUCAAGAAGUUUAUUGGCGGAUGGUUUUGA